GCCGGGGCCGGGGCCGGGGCCGGGGCCAUGGCGAGCCCCGUGGGCAGCGGCUCGGCGCGCGGCGAGAUCGGCUUCUGGGCCGAUCGGACGCCAGUUCACGAAGCAGCCAGGAGGGGAGAAAUCCUACAGCUGCAGCAGCUGAUAGAGAGCGGAGCCUGUGUCAACGCAGUCACCUACGACUCUAUCACCCCGUUGCAUGAGGCAAGCCUACGAGGGCAGACACAGUGUGUCAAACUCCUGCUGGCUGCAGGGGCCCAGGUGGAUGCUAGGAACAUUGACGGCAGCACUCCGCUGUGCGACGCCUGUGCCUCGGGUAGCAUAGAGUGUGUGAAAGUGCUGCUGUCCCACGGCGCGAAGGUGAACCCUCCCCUUUACACAGCGUCCCCUCUCCACGAAGCCUGCAUGAAUGGUAGCUCCGAGUGUGUGCAGCUCCUCAUAGACGUCGGUGCAAACUUGGAGGCCCACGACUGCCAUUUUGGGACGCCCCUGCAUGUGGCCUGUGCCAGGGAGCAUCUGGACUGCGUGAAGCUGCUACUCAAGGCAGGGGCAAAUGUGAAUGCUGCUAAACUUCAUGAGACAGCCCUGCAUCAUGCAGCUAAAGUGAAAAACGUAGAUCUGGUGGAGAUGCUGAUUGAAUUUGGAGGAAACAUUUAUGCCAGGGACAACCGAGGGAAGAAGCCAUCGGAUUACACCUGGAGCAGCAGUCCCACAGCAAAGUGCUUUGAGUACUAUGAAAAAACGCCUCUGAGUUUGUCGCAGCUCUGCAGAGUUACUGUGAGGAAAGCAGCUGGGCAGCGAGCGCUGGAGAAGAUUGCCAAGCUCAAUAUCCCGCAGCGACUGAUCCAGUACCUGUCAUACAACUGACAGGGGUCAAGGUGACCAGGAAGGAUGGUACCUCUAGAUCCCACAGUAUGAAGUCUCUGUCUCUUUUUCAUCUACCUCCCCACAAGAAACAAACUUUAAUUUAAGCAAACUGGUGUAAAUAGCAUUUAUGAGGCAGCACUUCACACCCCUUCCUCUUCUCAGUCAGUAAUUGUUUUAGCAAUGACAGACUUAGGCUAAGUAUAGCACUGACUUGAAGUUAUAGUCUCUCCCACAGUGGUCUGCUAGACUGUUACCGCUCUAGAGGCUGUGGUGCUCACUCUUUGAGUGGGAUUAAUCUUGCCUAAUUUUAGAUGUCUCUAGCCUAAAGACAUCUCCCUAGGAUCUAGCCAGGUUCCCUUUCCAGUCAGUGGAGAGAAAUAAACACUUCUAGAGCCUGAUUCGUUUAUCUUGUUUCAGAGGUCUGUGUUAGGAUGACGCGGUGUCUGUGUUAGGGGUGGUGCACGCCCUGGGCGCGCCUCUCUCCUCUCCGCUGGCUGCCAAGGGAUCUGGAGACGGUACCCUCAGAUGCGGACGUCUGCGUUUCUGAAGUGGAAAUGUUGGCUCCCACCUCUGUGCUGAUAACUCAAGCGGUAACUGCCUAAUGUCGAGGCAGUUCGCCGGAGGCAGGAUAAGUCCGCAGCAGGCUCAGGACUAAUCCAGAAGCAUUGGAACCAGUCGGUGACUUUCUGUUGACUUCGAUGGGCUCUGGCCCAACACCAGCAGUGUGGACAAAUUGCUGGUAGACCUGAGUAGGUUUUGCCCGUGCUCCUUGCUUGCUGAAGGUGAGCUAGCUCUGAUUUUAGUGCCUCCUCAGAAUAGCCCUAGGUCUAACUUACAAGCCUAGGCUGGAGACUGGUCUGUCUGCACGUCCAAGGAGGCUUUUCUCCAGAUGGCUGGUGCCAACGACUAUUUCUCCACUUGCUUCAAGCCACUGUGGCUGCUGCGUUGGUUUGUUGUGCAGUAAGUGGCAGGUUUUUUUCUGCCCUGUACUGCCAGAACUGCAGCACCCAGUCUGUAAAGCCACACCACUGUGGCAAGGUCAUGUCCCUUGUGUAGUACCGCAACACGUUCCUUUGGGAUACGACCACAUGUGGAAGAUAAUAGCAGGGCUGGGUUGUGCUUUGGGUUUUGAGAAUUUUCCCUCUGAGAUUGCCUCUUGAUUCUGGAGCCUCUCCAGUAUUUGGUAAUGGGAGCCAGCCCCCAGCUGUGUGCCACUGGGUGUCACGUUUGCAUCCUUUGGCUUUGGCACAAGCUAUUGCAGCUUUGUGCUUUCCUGGUUCCAGAGCUGGUGGUGACGCUUACGUGAGCAGAGCCGAAAUUCUGGCCUGCCUUCCGCGUGAGGCGUCGCGUGUUCUCUGAAGACAGUAACGACCUGCCAGACGCUCGGUGUUAAAGGGAUGGCACCGCCUGCGGCGAGCCUGGGCGCUGCCUGGAACGACAGCAGACGUGGCGAAAUCCUGCGAGGUGUCUAACGGGGCAUCAAGCUGACUCAGGGCUCUCCCCGGCCUCCACGCCGGGAGCUGACACCUGAGCACGAGCGGUGGCUUGUCCCCUGGGUGCUGCCUGGGAGCUCUCGUGCUCCCCCAGCUGGCAUGACGGAGCUCGGCCUUGGGAGAGGUGGAGAAAAAAGGGCAAGAGCAGAGUUGGGGAGGUGAGGUGGAACUGGAUGCACUUUAACUGUGACACUGAAUUACUCUGUUUAUUACUUUUUGGUUAGGUUUGUUUCCGCCCCCAUACCCGGUUUUUGUCGUUUUUGCUUUUUGAUGUUGUACAGAACUGGGACAGGUUUUUGAGACUGUGCUUUUGGGGUGGGGAUUGUCUGUUUAUAAUUCCAUCUGAAGUUUUGUAUUUAAAAUGCCAGAAAUGUGAAAUUGUUAAGAAGCUCAGGGAAGCCCUAGAGAUGUUUAUUGUGUGAUUCAGUCCUGUAACUGAUAGGAAAAUAUUUUUUGUAUUGAAUCUUUCAACAAAAGCUUCCUCUGUCCAAAGUGUUUGUUCUUACAGUCAAGUAAAUAUUAGGAAAGUGUACACCUAUCAGCAGCCUGAGCUGAAAAUUCAAAUCUCUUGCUAGCUUGCUUUUUUUAAUGCCAUUUCAUUGUUGCACCCGCUUAAGCAGUGCCCAAGUUUCCGAUGUAAAAACAAACCAAAAACUCCUUAACAACCAGGAAUAAAAUGACCAAUUCCUUUUU